CAACUGACAAAAUGGCGGCGAUCAUGCGUCCGUCUGCUAGUGUAUAACACGUGGCUUAUGUCACAACAACUAGAAACUGUGGAAGAGAAACUAGAUAACUGGCUUAAAACGACAUGACAUCGAUAGCCAUAGGUUCAGAUGUUUUGAAGAAAUUUGCUCAAAAUGUCACAAUUUCGAGCACCAAAGAUAGAAUCAGCAUUCUGCAAGAUGUGGCCAGGUUGGCGUCUGAAACAGAUUUGCCGGAAGCAGCUGUCAAAGGGAUAUUUAAAUUCCUCGUGUUUGCCCUCGGGAAGUACAGAGAUGGGAAGUCACGGCAUGCAGUUCUCACCUUGAUUCAGGUUCUUGCCAAAAAAAGCCCUGAUGUGGUCAUCAAGAAUCUGCGAUCUGUUCUUAGUCCAACCGGAGAGGCAAUGAAAAAUACAGUCAUUCCAUGCCGGAGCUCUUCAGGAGAAGCUCUGAUGGGUCUGAGCUGGACAUGUGAAGCCCUGAGAGUUGUGAUGAAGUCGGAGAAGGGACUCUCACAGCAGGAGCUGAAGGAAAUGGUCAGUGUCCAAGUGUUGCUGGUGUUAGGAGCUUUGGCUGAUGGAAACAAGGCCAUCGACAAAUCUGCCUACCGCAAGAUGUGCAGAGUUUGGAAAUGUGUACCAGGAUCAGCUGAGCAGUAUGCACAAGAGCUAGAAAGUCUUGAAGUUUCCAUGCAUAAUUUAUGCACUGCGGCGCUGCUGUUCAAAUACUUGGUGGGGACCAAAGAUCAAACAACCAUUGAUAAACACAAGGGGCGGUUUCUGGAGGACUAUGUGAAAGUGGUGUUGGCGAGUCGGACCAGACCCCCAGUUCAUAUUCUGGAAAGUUGCCAUGAAAUCCUACGUCAUGUGACCCAUGAUGACUUCAAAGGUCAAAUAUUGCCAGCUACCCAGAAAUGCAUGCUUCGUAGCCCAGAAAUAUGUCUCCAGACCAUGAGCUACAUGAUUGCCGGAGUGAAGCUUGAUCUCAGUCAGUACUCUCAGGACUUGGCCAAGUUGUUGGGAACCCAGUUGAUCUCCAAGGAUGAGAACAUGCGGCAGACAGCCCAGGCAGCCAUCAAGAACCUGGCGAAGCAGAUCAGUGACCCCGAGGCCGACGAGAAACUCGUCACUCACUUUUUUGGUGUUCUCAAUGGGUCAGAGGGCAAGCUGACAGUAGCGGACCAGAAGUUGAGUGUACUGCAGGGUGUGGGCAACCUCUUCUACAACACCGUCAGUGGCAGCACGUCACUGCAGAACCUCAGCAUCACCGUCACCGAGUUCUUCCUCACCACACUUCAGCAGGAAGUGCAUGAGGGCACCCUGGUCCAUGCCCUGGCUAUGCUGUCCUUGUGGUGUACCAAGUUCUACACUGUCGUCCCAGACAAGCUCAUGCAGUGGUUCAAGAAAGGAAUAACGCUGAAGACAACUACAUCGGCUGUGAGGAACGCCUACAUUCUCUGUAUGAACGCCUCUUUCCAUGGUGAUACUCUGCUGAAGGCGAGUGAAGUGAUUCCCAUCCUCAUCCAGACUCUGGACAAGGCCCACAAGCAGCCUACCCAAUCACAGAUUGUCACGGAGGCAGUCUCCACAGCCUGUGUUCUAGUCCGUCUCUCAUUGGUCGAUAUCGAGUCAGAGAGUAAACUUGGCACGUUUUGGACGACAGUUCUAGACAACAAAAAACAGCUACUGGUGAAUGAGAAGUUCUUGUCGGUCGCUGCAGAUGAAACCCUGCAGAACCUUGUUACCCUGGCUGAGAGGCUAAUCCUGGACUUCCCCCAGAAGAUGACAGAGACUAUUGCAAGUCCCUACUACAGGCUGGUGAUCUACUGCUUGACACGCAAGUCAUGGACUGUGAGGAAACAUGCCAUCAGCUCCACCAAUCGGCUGCUCUCCCUUCUGGGUGGGGCCCAGGUCUCGCUCUGCCUCAUCAGGGAGUUCAACACUCUACUUCAUUCACAGAAGCUGUCUGACUUCCAGAACUCCCAGCUGGCGGACGAUGACAGCCAUGAUGGCGCCGGAGACAGUGCUGUCAUCAUCUCCCCCAGAAUCCUCUCUGAUGCUCUCAUCACUAUCUGCUCAGUACAGAAGGCUGAUGUAAAAGAGGCGGAGUCAAUCGCCUUGGCAACAUUACUGACGGCUCAUCAUCCUUACAUAGCACACGCCAAUUCCUGUGCGUGGGUGGAUAUCCUCAGAAAGCUGAAUGUUGACGCGGCCAACUUCGUUCGCUGUCACAUCAAGGACUGUCUGAAUCUGGUCCAAACCAAUGAAAAUCCCUCGGAGAGCGUGUGCAAUGCAGUGAGCACCCUGGCAUUUGUGGAGCCAGCUGCGAUCUUGCCUCCACUAUUGCAUUACGUGCUGGAGAUUCUCAGGAAUCCAGAUCUGACGCAGGUCACCCAGACCGACUUCCACAUCUUCCUCACACCUGACGGCCAGCUGUAUGACAACUCCAUCAUCGAGAGUGCUAUGAAAUCUGAGACGAAGGAGACCAACAUCAAGCGAGAGAAUCGUCUUUACUCCCACAAGGAACAGUUGGCGGAGUUGGAGCUGCGGAAGGAACUGGAGAAGAAAAAAGGGAAGAAGGACACUGGGCCAAAACUGACCAAGAAACAGGAGGAAAUGGUCGCUGCUCAGAAGGAGAGAGAAGCAGAAAUCAGAAACAGGCUGAGAGGGCUUGACAAAACACUGCAGUGUGCGUGCAGCCUGGUGCUGGCAGCUCUCAAGGGAAACAAGUCUUCUUUCGUGCGUUACAUGAAGGACAUCUGUGCGUUGUUGUCUCCCUUGCUGCAGUCCCCCUUGGCUGCUUUGAGGGCUAGUCAAGUCUUUUUAGAUCUCGGCCAGGCCACAUUUGAAGAUAAACUUCAAGGUAUUAUUGUGAGCAACGUGACGCUCAGACAGCUGGAGCCAGUGUGUGAUAUCUCUGUGAACUGGACUCAUGAGCCACGUGCUGAGCAAGCAGGUCGUGUGAUCCAACUGCUGCAUCGUGCAGCCGACCUACAUCUGGUGCUGGAGGAGAGGGAGCAGUCACUGUUCCCUGCCUGUACAUUUGCUUAUAUUUAUUACUUGUUGUGGAGUGUUUUGCGGAAGGGAGCGGCGGCAGUGGGUGGAGACGAGGCUGUUUGUGGCCUCGCGUUACAGCUUAUUACAGAGCAUGCCCAGAUGAGGAAGGAUGGAGAUGAUUACAGAACAUGUGGGGAAGAGUACAACCCUAGCUGGCUCCCUCUAAGGCAGCUCCUGGAGCUCUGUCUGCAAGUGGUGGGCAUUGCAGGCAGCUGUCAGCAGGGCGCCACGCAGGCGUUACGGGAGCUGGCCUGCUGCAGCAACGGCGAUGACGGCUGUGCCACAGUCAGCCAAGAGGAGGUCACAGUCCUGUUGGAGGGGUUACAGUCACCCUGCACUGCUGUUCGGGAUGCGUCAUUACAGUGCUUACAAGCUCUGGAGAAUGUCCUGCCGAACAUAGAUGACAACUUUGAUCUUGGACUGAACAUCGCCAAAAGAGUGUGGGUCGCCUCCAAUGAUGUGGAGGACCAUGUAAAGAGAUUAGCAGAAAAACUGAAGGAAGAUCUAGAUCUGGAGGAGCCCUACGAGGAACUGAGCACUGCCUUAGUGGAGGAUGUCAUCCAUGACGAGGCCGUUAUCCGACGAGCUGCUGCCGAGACGCUGGCACAGGUGUUGGAGGUUCACCGGGAACUGGUCCCUGCCACAAUACAACUCUUGCUGCAGAAGUACGAGGACAAGUUAUUUAUGCCGCCGCCACAGCUGGACCAGUUCGGCCGGUUAGUUGAGGAGCAACCCCCAGACUUGUGGCAUGCCAGGUCGGGUAUCGCACUCGCCCUCCACAAGAUGGCAGCACUUGUUCCACAGGAUAGCAUCUCUGAUCUGUUUGACUUUUACGUCCCUGACGCUCUCGGAGACAGGAACCCAGACGUUCGUUCCCAGAUGCGAGAUGCAGCAUUGUCCUGUGUGAACACUCAUGGCAAGGAGAACGUGAAUGAGUUGUUACCAGUGUUUGAGAACUUUAUGGCAAAUGCACCCGACACUGCCCAGAACGACACAGUCCGCCAGAGCAUCGUCCGCCAGAGCAUCGUCAUCCUGAUGGGAACUCUGGCCAAGCAUCUGGACUCUGACAACCCUAAAGUCAAACCAAUAGCUGCCCAGCUGAUCAGUGCUCUCUCUACACCGUCACAGGAGGUGCAAGAGGCUGUAGCCAACUGUCUGCCCCCCCUGGUGCCAUCCAUCAAGAAGGGUGCCCCUGAUCUGGUACAGCGUCUGCUGCAUCUGCUGUUGGAGUCGGACAACUACGGCGAGCGCCGCGGUGCUGCAUAUGGCCUGGCCGGACUCAUCAAGGGAAUGGGGCUGCUGGCCUUGAAACAACAGCAGAUAAUGGACACACUGACUGCAGCCAUUCAGGACAAGAAGAAUCCACGCAAGAGGGAAGGUGCCCUCUUUGCCUUUGAGAUGCUGUGCAAUAUGCUUGGGCGGUUGUUUGAGCCGUACAUCGUGAACAUCAUCCAGCACUUGCUGUUGUGUUUUGGAGACAACAACCAGUACGUGCGGGAGGCGGCUGAUGAUUGUGCAAAGGCGGUGAUGCGGAACCUAAGUGCCCAUGGUGUGAAGCUGGUGCUGCCGGCGCUGCUCAACGGCCUGGAAGAGGACCAAUGGCGGACAAAGACAGGAUCGGUGGAGCUGCUGGGCGCCAUGGCUCACUGUGCUCCCAAACAGCUGUCAGCGUGUCUUCCCAACAUCGUGCCCAAACUGACGGAGGUGCUCACAGACUCGCACAUCAAGGUGCAGCGGGCCGGCUCACAAGCUCUCAUGCAGAUCGGAUCUGUCAUCAGAAACCCUGAGAUUCAAGCUAUUGUGCCUGAACUGAUCGACGCCCUACAGGACCCGACCAAGAAGACCACCCCCAGUCUUCACAUCCUGCUGAACACCAAGUUUGUCCACUUUGUUGACGCUCCCUCGCUGGCUCUCAUCAUGCCGGUGAUCCAGCGAGCGUUCCAGGACCGCACCACAGACACGAGGAAGAUGGCUGCUCAGAUCAUGGGAAACAUGUAUUCCCUCACAGAUCAGAAGGACCUCUCCCCGUACCUGCAGUCUGUGAUCCCCGGACUGAAGCAGUGCCUCCUGGACCCUGUGCCGGAGGUGCGCAGCGUGUCGGCCCGAGCCCUGGGAGCCAUGGUGAAGGGGAUGGGGGAGGCCAUCUUCGAGGAGCUCCUGCCUUGGCUCAUGGAGAACCUCGUGUCGGAACAGAGCUCUGUCGACAGAUCUGGGGCUGCACAAGGUCUCAGCGAAGCCAUUGGCGGCAUGGGGCUGGACAAACUGAAGAAGCUGAUGCCUGGAAUCAUAGAAACGGCGGAGAGAGACGACAUCGCACCCUUCGUCCGGGACGGGUACAUCAUGACCUACAUCUAUCUUCCUGCAACAUUCGGCAGGGAUUUUGCCAUAUUUGUAGGCCCAAUUCUACCAUCCAUCUUGAAGGCUUUAGCUGAUGAAAGUGAGUACGUACGUGACACAGCUUUGAGGGCUGGCCAGAGAAUCAUCACGCUGUUUGCCGACACGGCCAUAUCCCUGCUGCUGCCAGAGAUCGAGAACGGACUGUUUGCUGACAACUGGAGGAUCCGAUUCAGCUCCGUCCAGCUCCUGGGGGACCUCCUCUACAAGAUAUCAGGUGUGUCUGGCAAGAUGUCCACCGAGAGUGCUGGGGAGGAUGACAACUUCGGCACCGAGACAUCACAACAGGCAAUCACCAAAGCCCUGGGGGUAGAGAGACGGAACCGAGUGCUCGCUGGUUUGUACAUGGGCAGGUCUGACACAGCUCUCCUGGUGAGGCAGUCAGCACUCCAUGUCUGGAAGGUGAUCGUCAGCAACACUCCAAGGACGCUCCGAGAGAUUCUACCUACCCUCUUCUCACUUCUGCUGGGAUGUCUGGCAAGCACCAGCCACGACAAGAGAACGGUGGCGGCACGCACCCUUGGUGACCUGGUGAGAAAGCUGGGUGAGCGUGUCCUGCCCGAGAUCAUCCCGAUCCUGGAGCGGGGUCUGGACUCAGAAGAGGAGGACCAGAGACAGGGCGUCUGCAUCGGCCUUAGCGAGAUCAUGGCCUCUACAAGCAGGGACCACGUGCUGGUGUUUGCAGACAGUCUGAUCCCCACGGUGAGGCGAGCGCUGUGCGACUCACUCCCAGAUGUACGAGAGGCUGCUGCCAAAACCUUUGACAACCUUCAUGCCAACAUUGGAAACCGAGCCCUGGAUGAAAUUCUACCAGCUCUACUUAAACAACUGGAUGACCCAUCUCAGGAGGAAGCAGCGUUGGACGGCCUGAAGCAGGUCAUGACAGUCAAGAGCAGAGUUGUCCUUCCUUAUCUCAUACCCCAGCUGAUCAGCCCCCCUGUCAACACCAAGGCUCUGUCACUGUUGACAUCAGUCGCUGGGGAUGCACUCACACGCCAUCUUGGCAAGAUUCUCCCGGCACUGAUGACGGCACUCAGCGAGAAGGCAGGAACACCUGAUGAAGAACAGGAACUGGGCUACUGUAGGACUGUUGUUUUGUCAGUGGAGGAUGAGGUCGGUGUUCGGACCAUCAUGGAGGACCUUCUCAGUGCCAGUCAGAUGUCUGAUGCUAAUAUGUGCGCCUCGGCUGUCACCAUCCUCCAUGCGUUCUGUAAACAGACGGAGUUGGACUUCUCGGAAUAUGUGCCCCAGCUUCUGCGGGGACUUAUUUAUUUGUUCACCCGCUCAGAGGAUAAUAUUCUUCUAGCUGCAUGGAAUUGCUUGGAUGCUGUUACCAAAAAACUAGACACAUCUGAAAUGCUGCAACACAUUUCGGACGUCAGGACGGCCGUUAGGUUUGCUGUGUCCGACUUUAAGGGCAUAAAUCUCCCUGGCUUCAGCAUUCCAAAGAAGGGAAUUACACCAGUCUUGCCAAUCUUCCGUGAAGGGAUUCUGAACGGAUCCCCAGACAUGAAGGAGGCUGCCGCCAUCGGUCUAGGGGAGGUCAUCAACCUCACCAGCCCUGAGGCAUUGAAGCCCUCUGUUGUCAACAUCACAGGCCCACUCAUCCGUAUCCUUGGUGACCGGUUUGCUUGGCAGGUCAAGGUCGCUGUCCUUGAGACUCUCACAUUAUUGCUGGGCAAGGUUGGGAUGAUGCUGAAGCCGUUCCUGCCACAGCUGCAGACAACGUUCCUGAAGGCCUUGAAUGAUCCAAACAGGUCGACCCGUCUGAAGGCAGCUGCUGCGCUGGGCAAGCUGAUCGUCAUUCACACGCGGACGGAUCCACUGUUCACUGAGUUACACACAGGAAUCCGCAGCACUGAGGACACCAGUGUCAAAGACACCAUGCUGCAAGCCCUGCGGUUCUGUCUGGCUGGUGCGGGCAGCAAGAUGUCCGAGGCCAUCCGCAAACAGCUCACCUCAACGCUGAGUGGAAUGCUGGGAAGUGGAGAGGAUAGUACGAGGAUGGUGGCAGCUGGCUGUAUGGGAGUGUUGUGUGGAACCCUGGGAGAUGUGGAACUGGGAGCCGUCAUGUUGGACUACUUGUUGGAGGUUGGUGGCAGUCUGGAUUGGCAACUACGUCAUGGUCGAAGUGUUGCGCUAGGCGUGGCUCUCAAGACAUGCCCAGACAAAAUCCUCACCCCACAGUAUGUGAAGAGUGUCACCAAAGUCAUCAUGGACUUAUCUAGCGCUGACAGAAUUCCGAUCUGCCAGAGUGGUUGUGGAAACGCCUAUAUGCUUCAACACCAGAUUAAGACAGGGGAGUUAACUCCAGAGCUGCUUGCUGCUCUUAUCAAGGGAAUGAAACACGACUCCAAUGAUGUGAAGCAGCUAGUCGGGCGCGUGGCAACGUACCUUGCCCAGUCUGUGGAAGAGCCGCUGCCCCAGAGCCUGGUGAAGCCCCUCAUCCCUCCUCUUGUGAACGGCACCAAGGAGAAGAACACCAUGGUCCGCGCCAGCAGCGAGUACGCCCUGGUUGCCAUGCUGCACAUGAGGCAAGGGGAGGCAGUGCUGCAGAGUACCUUGGGCUGUUUGGAGUCUGGGAUGCAGGAGUCGCUGAAGGAAACGGUCAACAAGACACUGAAGAAACUAGCAGGACAACCCCAGCAUGGAGGCAAGGAGGACAUUGACGACACGUUCCUCACCUAGCACUUCCCCCCGACACUGUAACAACCCAUUCCACCCUCCAGAAUCUUACUCUCGUACCUGUGGCACUUCACAAUAGCUGAAGAAUCAUGAGAAGUUUUAAGAUUGUAUCAUCUUGGAGUGAUUCACAAAACGACUUGAAAUGAGACCCUUCCAGAGAGGGGCAGACAAGAUGACAAAAAUACUUCUGUUAAAAAAUAUUGACAAAACUGUAUGUUUUCAUCUUUCUAUACGGAAGGUUUGUAUCCACUGAUAAUAUUUUGGGUGAACAUGUGCUGGGUUUUGAAGUUUAGGAUGCAGUAAAGUGAAAUUGAUAACAUUCUCAAAUUCUGUACAUGAUUUGUAAAAUGGAUAAUAUCAGUUGGCAUGUCUUUUUGUUAAUUAUUUUGUUGUUUACAUGUUCUUUUUUGGUUUUUUUCAUAAUAAGUAAGAUUUCACAUGAGAUUACUAUUAAACAGGACACUGCUAAAUUUGAAGAGUCCAUGUUUAAAUUUGCACUCAUCAAGCUGUAUUUGUGCUUCAAUAUUUACAGCACUCAGAGAAACAACUACCAUUUAGUAGCUGAGUGGUCACAUUGUGAGUGGUCACGUCGUGACUGGUCACGUCGUGAGUCGUCAUGUCCAUGACUGGUCAUGUCGGGAGUGGCCAUGUCAUGACUGGUUACAUCGUGAGUGGUCACGUCGUGAGUGGUCACAUUGGUUGAUGCCAGUGACAUCAGCAGGUUGAAGUGUUCAAGUACUGCAUGGUCCUUACAUUACUGUGGCCGGUCGAAGCUUGCUUCUAUCUUGAUUAAUAUACCCCAUUAAGUACUUUAAUUUGUUUAGAAAAAAGGUCAUUAGGUUAAACAUGUACAAAAUGAGACAAGAGAUCUACUUGAAGAGGUUAUAUCAAAAUACAUCCUCAUAAUCUGUAAUUUGAAAACUUGCAGAAAUCAAACCCUAGGUUUAUUAAUUAUUCACGUAAGAAAUAUAUGUAGAGGGUGGGACUUGGAUUAAUUACAACUGCAGUAAAAAUGACUGUGUAGCCUUCAUCAGAGGAUUUAUCUACAUAUACUACUGAAUUCUUUCAAGGAGACAAAGAACAGCCAGAAUGAGAGGACAUUAUGAAACUAGUUAUUGCCUGCAUCUUCAUAGUGUUACACUGAGUGUUGUGUUGAAUGCUGCUAUCAACCAAAGUAUCAGUUGUACGUGAAUGGGAAGAUGUGUAUGACACAGUAUUGGUGCCCUUUAAAUGCUUGGGCAUGACAGCAUCAUGUGCAAUGGUGCUGGGAUGUUGAAUAAAUGUGUAAUUAAACAUCUGUAUCUUUAAA